AUGAAGCUGAAAUUCGAAAACAUUGGAGAGAACACGGAACGGCACCGAUUACAAACAAACUACAAAGGAAGCAGAGCUAAGGACGAGAAGAGAUAUAUUAGGCUAUUCUUUCAAGAGAUGAUGAAACUACUCAUUGCUAUUCUCUACCUUGCGAGUGCUGCCUCCAACUCAAACAUGAGUGAAGUAAGCAAUUUUACGAAGACAGAUAUGGAGCUUCCUCUUUUCAAGGCGAAUAUGUUUGCAAUGAAAGCUUUCCUGAAAGUUUGGUGGUUCACUGCGGAACUCAUGGGUGAAGAUAUUCUCUAUAGUUUCAGUCGUGAAGAGAGGGCUGUCCUAGAAAAAAUUGUCUCGACUAUCAAACUUAGGAGUGAGGAAGAGUUUUUUGCUGAACUGAUAAAGAAGUCUGCAGAUCUCGGAGCAAGGGUGAAAAACAUGUUUGAUCUAAGGAAGAAACAACUUGCUGAGCUCAAACCCGAAGCGCAAGCGUUUGUUGAAAAUAUAACGGAAUUCAUGUGGAACAGCAAAUUCCUUGACGAGUAUAAAGCAUUGCCUGAUUCUGCUGCGGACGAGUUUACACUGGGCUUCGUUGAAAAGUUCAAUGCCUUAUCUGAUGAUGUCAAAGAGAAUAUCAAGGAAAAGAUACCUGCGCUUGCAGCAUUUCUCACAAGCGAGGAAGCAACAAAACGUCUUCAAGAACACUAGGCAUUGUCAAGAAUCUCUCUUUCAGCUUUUGUGAAACUUGAAGAGCAAUGCAUAAAGUUUGAUUAAUAUUUCAA